AUGGCGAAGCCCUUCAGGUCUAUAAGUGAAGGACUGUACCCCAGCCUGGUCCAUGAGUGUGGAGAAGAUGGAGCUGCCAUUGCCAGGAAUUCUGCUCCAGGAUUUGGCUUCACUGAGACCCAGGAGCCUUCCACCUGCCCAGAACCCAAAGUUCUGGAUACCAGCAAAAUAAUGGUUCUGCAGGGCUGCCCAGGACCUACAGGGGCAGCUGGAAGCCCUGGGGAAAAGGGGGCACCAGGCUCUAGAGGACUGCCGGGGCCACCAGGGAAAGCCGGACCCAAGGGGGAACCUGGAGAUGCUGUGGACAUGUUGAAGCAGUGCCAGGCAGGACCCCAGGACUGCAGGGAGCUGCUGAGUCGAGGAGCCUCCCUGAGUGGCUAGUACCGGGUGUGCCUGCCCAAUGGCAAAGUCUUGCCUGUCUUCUGUGACAUGGCCUCUGCUGAGGGGGGCUGGCUGGUGUUCCAGAGACGUCAGGAUGGCUCUGUAGAUUUCUACCGACCCUGGGCAUCCUACAAAGCUGGCUUUGGGAGCCAGGAGUCUGAGUUCUGGCUUGGAAAUGAGAACCUCUAUCAGCUGACCCGUGAGGCACCCAAGGAACUCCGAGUGGAACUGGAAGACUUCAAUGGCACCCAGACCUUUGCCCAGUACCAGGGCUUCAGGAUCCUGAGUGAGGCUGACAAAUACCAGCUGGUUCUUGACAAGUUCAUCAGGGGCACUGCGGGGGAUUCCUUGACUUAUCAUAGAGGAAAGCCCUUCUCCACCCAUGAUGCUGAUAGUGACAUCCACAAUGGGAACUGUGCAGUCGAAGUGCAAGGGGCCUGGUGGUAUGAAAACUGCUAUAAAUCCAACCUCAAUGGACGCUAUGCAAGUACUAAGGCUGGGGCAUACAAGUAUGGCAUUGACUGGGCCACUGGGCUGGGAGUGGGCCACCCCUACCGUCGAACCUUAAUGAUGCUCCGUUAG